AUGAGCAAUCAAGUUUUGGACACAAUCGUGAUCGGGGCCGGCUGGUCUGGCGCCGUUGCCGCCCGGGAACUUGCCAACAAGGGCCGCAAAGUAUUGGUGCUCGAGGCUAGAGACAGAAUCGGAGGACGCGCGAGUACGUGGGUGAAGGGAGAUGCCAAGAUUGAUGUUGGAUGUAGCUGGAUUCAUGGCUACAAAGAAGGAAACCCUGCGAGAUACAUUGCGCAAGAUUUCGGCGUUGCCGCUCACCUGCCCAAGGCUGCUGAGGGUGUGAUUUACGGCCCAACUGGCCGCCUCUCGAGCUCUGAUGCCGACAACCUCCGCGCAUCCCUUGGUACAGCUCAAGCGUCAUUGAAGCUUCCUCACCCAGCUCCCUCCCCGUCAACGUCACUCGCAUCCGCCCUUCUAGCUGAGAACUCGGCUCUUUUCUCAGCUUCCGCAACGGGUUCUCCCCAAAAGGAGCUGGCAGCUGUCCUUGCCCGCUCCCUCGAGAUUCCUCUGGGACUCAAGCUCGAGAAAGCUUCUCUGAAGUGGGCUGGCUGGGAGACUACCACCGCGUUUGGCGGUUCUGACGCCGCCCCUGAGGGAGGCUAUGAGUCUUUGGUCAACCAGGUCCUUGAUGACGCCAAGGCUAAGGGCACCGAAGUAAAGCUGAGCACAAAGAUCACCGGUAUUUCACAGAGCCAAGAUGGAGUCGUAAUUGUUGACGCCAACGGCAACAAGUUCACGGCAAAGACGGCCGUUUCUACCAUCCCGCUCGGUACCCUCAAGAAUCUGCCUGAAAGCACCUUCAACCCUGCGCUACCGCCGCGCCUACAGGAGGUAAUCAAAGGCACCCACGUCGGUGUUCUGGAGAAGCUUCUGCUUCAGUACCAGACGGCUUGGUGGCCCGAGGCCGACAAGGCUGGAUCCUACACUUUCUUGCCUACAUCUACGAAGCCCGUGACCGAGAGCUCUACCCCCGCCGAGAUCUUUGAGGCAUCGACUCUCGUCUGCGCCAACUUCGCUGGCCCGUCUCUCCCCGGCCCUAGUCCGACCUUGCUGACGUACCUCUCCGAAACGCCCGCUACUGCGCUGCUCCGCUUCGACCAAAAGGAAGUUGCGGCUGCCUACCACAAAUUCCUCAUCUCCCGCUUCAAGCCAUCAUCUGAGCCUGCGGAGCCGGUCGAGACCAACUUGACCAACUGGUUGACGGACGAAUUCUCCCGCGGUGCCACGACUACCCCGUCAAUCGUUUCAGAAAAUGGUGAGCGAAGCCCACUUGACUUCAAGGAGCUGAGCAGACCUGUUUGGGAUGGGAAACUCGGAUUUGCUGGUGAGCACACUGAGAUGGAGAACCGUGGAAGCGUGGCUGGCGCAGUCGUCAGCGGCUAUCGUGAGGCCGAGCGUGUCGGCAGACUUUUGAGACUGCUGGAUGAGAAUGCGAAGUUGUGA